AUGAAACGACGACGGCGUCGCGUGCCCUUCUCUUCGUUCUCUCCUGUCUCUCGGCCUUCCUCGUCUUUGCCCCGUUGUCUCUCUUUCGGCUCCAUUUCUGCGGCGGGUCUUAGCCCAGCGCAUACAAGGCUAGAGAGGCGACUUUCGGCCUCUUCGAGCGCCCGGAGGAGACACCCGUUUGGUUUCCUCGUCGCCGCCAUCGUCCUCCUCGCCCUUGGCUCGGCGCGAGCCCCGAACCCCUUCCCUUCGCUGGCGCGGCCAGCCGCUCUUGAGGCAGGCUGCGUGGUGCCCGCGGAGGCGCACGACGCCUCAGCGUCCGCCGCGGUGCCUCUGCAGGUUCGUGGGCGCCUGCGCGCGCGCGCAGAGAGCGAACUCCAGGGAGAGGGUUUCCACCGCGUGUUGGCAACCCGCGUGGAGAUCUCGUUUCUCGUCUCUGAGUCGGCAGGGCCCCCCCCCCGCGGACACGACGCGCCGGCGCCGCAGGGCAACGCGGGCCUUGCCUGCAGAGUGGAGUGCAUCUACACCCUGGGAAAGAUUGUGUACGUUGAUCCCGAUCAAACGUGGGAGCUUGGCCUGGAAACGGGUUCGCAGGGCUCACGGGCCUCGCGGCCCUGCGGCGCGGGCGCCUCUCCUCCACUGUCGGAUGCGUGUGAGACGGCGCCGCGGAUCGCCACGCAAGUUCUUGACGCCUUCGUAGACGUUGAGCAGCCUGUCUUCUCGCCGCUUCUCUCCGCGUCCACGACGACGCGCCAGCGCACGCUCGGCUCCAUCUUGCUCAAGAAAGGGACUGGAGCGAACUCACUGUCAGCCGCCGCGUCUCGCUCGGUGGGGACAGCUGAGGCGCGCGGGGGACGGGGCGAGGGCGAGCCUCGACCGCCCGGAGAGGAGACGGCCGGCGCUGCGGGUCGCGGCGGAGACGCUGAGGCGUUUCACGGGGCGGUCACUUUUCGUCUUCCGGUGCAUCACCGCUACGACGCGCCGUGUGCAGCCUGCACAGGCCUCACGAGGCACCGCGUGUCGCCUCCACGGGUGCAGGUCGUCUGCCAGACGCCGCCGGAGGGUCUCGCGGGCGAGGAGUCGGGCCGCGGUGGCGAGCGCUUCGACGAAGGCGCAGAGGAGAAGGACAAACGCGACGCAGAGAUGAUGGUGUGCCGCGAAAACGUCUGCGCCGCUGCUCUCUCGUUCCACGCCCUUCCUGCGAAUGCAGAAGAACAAGGUGACGCCUCUCCUCUCGGCGCAGAGGAGGACAGGCACGCAGGCCCGACAGGCGAGCGCCGCGGGGCGGCGAGCAGCGACGACGCCUUCCACUUUCUCUACGUCGAUGUGCCGGUGGGCUCGCUGGACAACUUGGCUGCGGUCGCCUGGCUGACAACGAUCUCGGUCGUCUUCUUCUCAGUGGGGACGUUUUUCGUUCUCUACCUCGCAGAGAGCGAGGAGAAGUCGAAGAGCCAAGCGAAGAUAGCGGGCGCAAAAAAGGCGCGGCGUGCGCCACUGAUACAGAGUGAUUCAGAAACAGAGGGGGAAAGCGCAGCCACAGUCUGCGGAGGGAGAGCGAGAGGGAGGACGACGAGGGCGCGAGGGAAGCGGCGACUUGUGCGGACGCUCAACGAGCUCCACGACGCAAAGCCAGGCGGGACGAAGGCAUGUCGCCUGCCGCGUUCUGAGGUUUCGCGGUUCACGGAAACUCAAGCACGAGAGGCCCCCUUUUAG